AUGACUCGGAAUUUUGUAAUUGGGGCUGUGAUAGCUGUGCUAUCACUAGGUGUUACUACAGUUAUUGCUGAUUGUAUGAUACCAUUAGUGCUGAGGAACACUUGGUUUUCCUUCGAAAAUGGCAAGCAAACUAUUACAGAUAUCAAUGCGAGUGAAAUGACUGGAAGGGGUGUAUGUGUGGACAUUAAGGCUGAAUACAGGGUGAACUAUACAAUGGUAUUUUCAUACACAAAAUGUUAUUAUUGUGUCAAGCUGAUUGUGAGGACAGUAAAUGUGUUAGAGAAGAUUGAGUCUCCUUGUGUGAACUUGGGUCCUGAUGAGCAGCCCACUGUUGAUAGAGUGUGUCGAGGCCUGAAUCCUGAUCAGCAGGGUCUGAUCACAUUGUUCUCUGAAAACUAUGUGCCUGUCAAUUGCCGUUCAUCUCUAGAAGGUGUAUGGCAGUUUGCAUAUCAGAAUAGGUUCCGAUUCACAGGAGAAUGCAACCACCCUGAUGCACAGAUCAAAUCUUGUCAAACAGCAGGAACACAGUUCUUAAUAACCAAUCAGAAGUUUAACAUUACUUAUAGGAAAUGUGCUGGAAUGUCCAACACUUUUGAUGGUGUUGUGGAGUAUAGUUGCUUGGGCCAUUGGUUUGUCAACAAAAAUCACUUCUUUGCUGUUGCAAACACAAAGGAAUCCCGUAAAGAUGAGAGGUACCGCUGUUUCCUCAAGAACAGAGAUGAUGAUCUGUACAUUGGGGCCUCUAUUACACCAGAAUGUAACACAUUGAAGACUGUUGAGAAGUCCCCUGAGAGAUACAGAGUUACACCUGUUAAGGCUGAAGUGGUAGAACCAGGUUGUCGCUUACCACAAAACUUCUCUGGAGAAUGGAUCAACACUGCCAAUAUUGAUGCAGACGUAUUCAUCAAUGAAACUCACAUUAUAGAGACUUACUACCCUGAUGAAGGAAGAUUCAGAAGAACUAUUUAUGUUUGCAGGGAGCAGCGUGACAGUAGAGUGAUGAUGGCUCGCCUCACAGUCGAUGGUUGUCAAAAGGAUUAUGUGUGCUUUGACUUUGUACCACAACAUCAUAAUAUUAUAAGAUACCGAAAAGGUUUAGCCAUGAUCCAGAGUAACUUCCACACAGUAUGCUCUUGGGUCCAGUUCCCCAAUAAACAAGAAUGGCGAUACGAUAUCUUUCUUAAAAAGGAUCCAUCGCCAAUUCGUUGCCCAGUCGCAGGCAAAUUCAAUUUCACACAAAAAGGUGAUGUUAGAUUCGAAACAAGGAUUUUGGGUGGUGUUACUUUAAGUCCGAGACCAAACUUGUACUGCAAACUAAAUAUCAGUGAUUUCUCUGUUUGUGAUAUUGAUCAGAAAACUAUACAAAUUAAGGAAAACUACUGUCUAUCCGUGGACUACUUGGGUAGACCAGUUGAUAUCUACAGCGAUCCCGAUUACAGAAUGAAAUGCAUAGGAUUUUGGAAGGAGAAUUUGAAGUCCUAUCUGAUUACUUAUGACGAACUUGACCCAUUUUCGAAGUACAGAUGUUGGGUGUAUCAACGGGCCGAUCUUAACAGAGUACUGAUGUCUCAAGCUUUAGGCCCAUACUGUGACUUGAAGCAGGAUGUGACAUCGUGGAAUUACACUGAAGGCGCAGCUGUCGCCGUUGAGAUGGAAGAAUACGAGAGAGAACGCGACCAGUGCCCCAUGCACUUUGACGAUGGCAGCGACCCUUGGUCUACAAAAGAAAACUAUAUCAAAGUGUUUAGUUUCUCAUUUUGGGGCAGUAAUUCUGCACAAACAAUUGUAAUAAAUUCCGCUGUAUUAUUUAUGGUAGCUUUAUUUACAUUAAUACUGUAA